UAAACGUGAGAUCCCAUGCAAGUCUCCCCGAUGAUCCUUUCCUUUCCAUGAUCAAUCAUAUCCACAAAUAAACUGGCCCGAUAUUGAAAGAUUGGAAAACAGCAAGUACCCAAUACUCUCGUCUCACCGCCAAGUUCAGAUUAUUAUUUAAGAUGCGUCCACAACACCACCAGCUACGCCACACUCCACCGCUACUGACUGAGAGGUGAACCAAGAUGGACCAUGUCCAGUCCAUGUCCCGGCGCAUGGUCCUGCCGGAGCAGACGACGGCCUGCCUACGGCCAGAGCCGGAGACGACCGUCGACCUGACGCCAUGGGACCUCCGGAUGAUCACCUUGGAGUACAUCCAGAUGGGCGUCCUCCUGCCCAUGCCUCCCAGUCCCACUCCCACCACGGCAGCAGGGGAACAGGGACACCAGUCACACCAACACCACGCCCCCGUCGUCCAACGCCUCGCGGCGUCCUUCGCGCGCGCUCUGGGACGCUUCUACCCCUACGCGGGACGCCUCGCCGUCGCACCAGCCACCAGUGGGGACAGCGGGAGCCUCGCCGUCUCACUCCGCUGCAGCAUGGAGGGCGCCGAGCUCGUCCACGCCGUGCCUCCCGGCGUCACCGUGGCCGACGUCGUCGCGCCGCUGUAUAUACCAGGGGUGGUCCAGUCUUUCUUCCCGCUCAAUGGGCUUGUCAGCGUGGAUGCCGCAUCCCACCCGCUCCUGGCCGCGCAGGUCACCGAGCUCGCCGACGGUGUCUUCGUCGCCAUGUCGCUCAACCACGCUGUCGGUGACGGGACGGCCUUCUGGCACCUCUUCAACACCUGGUCCGAGAUCAGCCGUCGUCAGAGUGACGGUGCAGCCAUCUCCUCGCCGCUGCCGGUGCACCGGAGGUGGUUCCUUGACGGCCGCCGUGUUCCGAUCCAUCUGCCCUUCCGCAAACUGGAGGACAUCGUCGGCCAUGAGCACUCAUCAUCAGUGCAGCAGGAGGAGUGCUUCCUCCAUUUCUCCGGCGAGAGCGUAAGGAGGCUUAAAGAAAAGGCGAACGCCGAGGCGUCCUGCACCGGCAGCGGCACCAUCUCCUCGUUGCAGGCCCUGCUGGCGCACCUGUGGAUCGCGGUGUGCCGGGCGAGGAGGCUGGCGCCGGACCAGAGCACGACGUACGCCCUGCUCGUCGCA